AUGUCGGGUAAGUCCAUUUUUGCUAUGUCUUUUGAAUAUACCCUGAAGUGCAAAUACAAUUUUGAUUAUGAGGACUACUUCACAUGGUUGUUUAAGCUUAAACUUAACAAGAAAGUCGAAAUUUUCUGGUGGAGACUUGGAAAGUCUGCUAUUCCCACACAGGUUUUUCUGCAUUACCGAAGACUUGGAUUGGAUAAAAAUUAUGUGAGGGGCUGUAAUAGUAUUGAAAGCUAUGAGCACAUUAUGGUACAUUGCAGUUACCUGAUUGAUGUUAUAAAACAAAUAAAAGGUUGGGGAAUUGGUAUUCCUAUUUUUCAAACUAUUAACAGCUGUCUAGAGGAGCUGAGGAUAUUGUCCAACCGUAAGCCUGGUAUUGUGAAGAUUUACUACAUUGUUGUGUACCUGUCCUGGAGAAAUAGAAACUGUGUGAAGCAUGGGAAAUCUGCUUUACCUUCUUCUGUGACGGCUUCUAAUGCCCUUGCGUUGGCUAGUACUAAAAGUAGUCCUUAUCUUUCAAACCGGGGAACCAAUCUCCUUAGGGAGUCUCAUGAGUCUUGGUGCCCUCCUCCGAAAGAUUGGAUGAAAAUUAACGUUGAUGCUUCGCUGCUUAGAUCUAAUUGUGCUGGAGUGGGGGGAAUUUUUAGAUACCAUAAGGGAAGGUUUAUUCUUGCUUUUGGGGAGAAGAGGAUUCAUUGGGACAUUUCCAAACUUGAGAUGGAGGCUAUUCUCUCGGUCAAAGACUAUAUUAGAAGUUGGAUGCUUGAGUACAAAGGGGUGAUUAUUGAGAGUCAUAAUCUCAAUGUUAUUAGAUUCAUUCAAGCUUCAUUCAAGAAGAAUAAUCAUAUUGUGGAUAGACGGCCUUUGGAGGAGAUUCUCUUUGUCAAUGACUUUCAUAAAGUGGCUUUUAAUCAUGUUCAUAGAAAUUGUAAUAAGGUGGCCAACCUUUGUGCUACCAUGGCUAGUAGUAGGAGUUUUUUCUUUUAG